CGCCUUAAUAUACUGGUGAUGGUGUCACAUGGUAUGGAAUGAACAUGCCACUGGCCAGCCGGGUUCGCCGCCCCCGCCAUGGCCCUGUCCCUCCCAGCCCGCAACGACACGGCAGAGCGCGGCCAUGGCUGCGGCAAUCGCGCUCGUCCUGGCUGUGCUGGCCGUCUGGCACGAGCUGGAGCACGAUCACCAGAUAGAUGUGGCCGCUGUCGAGCACAUGAAGCAGCGUGAGGAGUACCUGCACCAGCAGAUGACUCGGCUGCUGCAGGAGAUUGAACAGAGCAGGGCCGCGGAGGAAGCCACGCUCCUUUCUCUGUUGCAGCAGUGGCCGUUUUGGACCGUUGCGGGAGUCCUGGCCCUGCUUGUGGCGGUCUGCUGGGUUACCGGGAAAAUGGAGCUUGCCUCUGACAGCUGCAGCGAGCUGAACAGCUUCCACCGCGAGGAGGAGGAUGACGAGGAGGCGGAAGACCUCAGUGGUGCACUCAGUGGUGUCAGGUCUUUGGCUGUGUCCACCCCAUCGCCAACGCAGGGCCUGCCUGACACGUGCAAAGUGCUGAAGGAGCUGGUGGGUGACCUCCUUGGGGUCUGCCGACUGCUUUGCAAGAGGACUUUCAUGCCGCAGAUGCACCCAGCCAGCGAGAUGGACGGCACCUGUGAGAGCUGGAGCGUCCACGAGAACAGUAUCACCUACUGCCUGCUCGUGGUCCUGCAGCCACCCCCCGGUCACUCUUUCAGCCAGGAGCUGGACACCACGGCGCAGCUGCCAGCAAGGCACUCCAGCAUCCACGUGGUGCUGGACUGCACGUGCUCGAGGGAGCAGCUGCUGGGGGAUAUUCUGUGCUUUCUCCACCACCCCGACAACAAGCUGCCCAGGGAGGAGAGCUCAUGCCUCCUACGCACCCUCUGCACGUGCUCCUACUUAGACGUGGAGAAGAUCGCCUGCUGGGUCCAGGUGUUGGUGAGAUCAGCCUGGCUGCUUUUGCCUCAGUCGCACCACUGCCAGCUAACGGUGCUGCCCUCCUCGCGAUGA